AUGGGCAGUGUUACCUAUGGAGAAGGUCUUGAAGAUGACAGGAACUCAGCGCUCACCUGGGAGGUAAGGGCCAACAACCGGGCCUACCACGCGCAGGUGGAGAAGGUGUUUCUGUGCUGGCGGAGGAGGAAGUACAAGACCAACGUCAUCCACACGGCCAAGUACAACGUCUUCUCCUUCCUGCCGCUGAACCUGUACGAGCAGUUCCACCGCGUGUCCAACCUGUACUUCCUCCUCGUCAUCGUCCUGCAGAGCGUCCCUGAGGUCUCCACGCUGCCCUGGGUCACGCUGUUCGCCCCACUGCUCUGCCUCGUCCUCAUCCGCGCCACCCGUGACCUGGUGGAUGACAUCGGGCGACACAGGAGCGACAAAGCCAUCAACAACAGACCCUGCCAGGUCCUGAUGGGGAAGAGCUUCACGCAGAAAAAGUGGAAGAAUCUGCAUGUGGGAGACGUGGUCCGCCUCAGGAGGGACAGCAUCGUCCCAGCUGACCUGCUCCUGCUGGCCAGCACGGAGCCCAGCAGCUUGUGCUACGUGGAGACGGCUGACAUCGAUGGGGAGACCAACUUGAAGUUCAGACAGGCCCUGAUGGUCACCCACCACCAACUGACCAGCGCCAGGAGGAUGGCGUCCUUCCAAGGCACAGUGCUGUGUGAGAAGCCCAACAGCCGGAUGCACCACUUUGUGGGGUGCCUGGAAUGGAAUCACGAGAAAUACCCUCUGGACAUUGGCAACCUCCUCCUCCGUGGCUGCAAGAUCCGCAACACAGACACCUGCUACGGACUGGUCAUCUAUGCUGGUUUUGAUACAAAGAUCAUGAAGAACUGUGGGAAGAUCCAUCAGAAGAGAACCAAGAUGGACCUUCUGAUGAACAGGCUGGUGAUCCUGAUGUUCCUGUCCCUGGUGAUCAUCUCCUUGGCAUUGACCUUGGGCUUCAGUUUCAAGGUCAGAGAAUUCAGAGAGAAGCAUUACUACAUCUCGGCCCAGCACGGGCACCACGUGGCCAUGGAAUCCUUCCUCAUCUUCUGCAGCUUUGUCCUCCUCCUCAGCGUGAUGCUCCCCAUCGCCAUGUUCAUCAUAGCCGAGUUCAUCUACCUGGGGAACAGCGUCUUCAUCAACUGGGACCUGCGGAUGUACCAUGAGCCACAGGAUGUGCCCGCCGAGGCCCGCAGCACCAGCCUCAGUGACCAGCUGGGCCGGGUGGAGUAUGUCUUCUCUGACAAGACGGGCACGCUCACCCAGAACGUCCUGCGCUUCAGCAAGUGCUGCAUCAAUGGCAGAGUCUACGGUGGGGCCCCGCCCCACCGCCCGCCAGGUCCAGAGGACAGGGACGGGAUUCAGCCUCAGGAGAACCCCUACCUUUGGAACAAACUCGCCGACGGCAAGUUGCGCUUCCACAACGAGGACCUCCUGCACGUGGUGCGGCACAACAGGGACAGGGUCGUGCGCGAGUUCUGGCGCCUGCUGGCCAUCUGCCAUACGGUGAUGGCGCACCAAGAGAAAGCCCAGCUCUUAUAUCAGGCGGCUUCCCCGGAUGAGGAGGCACUGGUCACAGCGGCCCGGAACUUUGGCUACGUGUUCCUGUCACGCACCCAGGACACCAUCACGCUGAUGGAGCUGGGGGUGGAGCGGGUCUACCAGGUCCUGGCCAUGAUGGACUUCAACAGCGUGCGCAAGCGGAUGUCAGUGCUGGUCCGAAACCCGGAGGGCUUCAUCUGCCUCUACACCAAGGGUGCUGACACAGUCAUCUUGGAACGUUUGCACAAGAAAUAUGGAGUGGAGGUUACCACGGAGGAGGCCUUGGCCGCCUUUGCACAGGAGACGCUGCGGACACUGUGCCUGGCCUACAAGGAGGUGGACGAGGACGUGUACCAGGAGUGGCGCCAGCGGCACCAGGAGGCCUCCAUCCUGCUGCAGAAUCGGGCGCAGGCCCUGCACCAGGUGUACAACGAGAUGGAGCAGAACCUCAAGCUGCUGGGAGUCACAGCCAUCGAGGACAGACUCCAGGACGGGGUCCCCGACACCAUCAAGUGUCUCAAGAAGGGGAAUAUCAAAGUGUGGGUGCUCACGGGGGACAAGCAGGAGACGGCGGUGAACAUCGGCUUUGCCUGCGAGCUGCUGUCGGAGAACAUGCUCAUUCUGGAGGAGAAGGAGAUAGUCCGGAUCCUGGAGGCCUACUGGGAGGGCAAGAACGACCUGCUGACCAGAAAGGGCUGCCUGAAGUUCAUGCCGCACACCAAGUUGGCCAUGGUCAUUAACGGGGACUUCCUGGACCAGCUGCUGCUGACCUUGCGCAACGAGCCGCGGGCCCUGGUCCACAAUGUGAACGUGGAGGAGUCCCGACAGGAGCCCGGUCACAGCAGGAGGGACUUCCUUCAGGCCAGGCGCAUUUCCCUGAUGUGGAGGAACUUUGGGGCCCAGUUGGGCCCAACGCAGCCCAAGACCUCCAACACCCACGAGAGCCCUGAGGUGCGGCGGGAGCGGGCCUUCGUGGACCUGGCCUCCAGGUGCCAGGCUGUCAUCUGCUGCCGGGUGACACCCAAGCAGAAGGCCUUGGUUGUGGCACUGGUCAAGAAAUACCAGCAAGUGGUGACCCUAGCCGUCGGGGACGGUGCCAACGACGUGAACAUGAUCAAGACUGCAGACAUCGGCGUGGGACUGACGGGGCAGGAGGGCACGCAGGCAGCGCAGAACAGCGACUACACGCUGGCACAGUUCUGCUUCCUGCAGCAGCUGCUGCUGGUGCAUGGCCGCUGGUCCUACGUGCGGGUCUGCAAGUUCCUGCGGUACUUCAUCUACAAGACGCUGGCCAGCAUGCUGGCCCAGAUCUGGUUCGCUUUCUACAGUGGCUUCAGCGCCCAGCCCCUGUACGAAGGCUGGUUCCUGGCGCUCUUCAACCUGCUGUACUCCACCCUCCCGGUUCUCUACAUCGGGCUCUUCGAGCAGGACGUGAGCGCCACACAGAGUCUGGAGAUGCCAGAGCUGUACAUGGCUGGGCAGAAAGACGAGCUAUUCAACUACUGGGUCUUCCUCCAAGCCAUUGCCCACGGCACGGUCACCUCCUUGGUCAACUUCUUCGUGCCACUGUGGGUCAGCCACGACACGGCGGGGCCUUCCACCUUCAGCGACUACCAGUCCUUUGCGGUGGUCGUGGGCCUGUCGGGGCUGCUGUCCGUCACCAUGGAGGUCAUCCUGAUCAUCAAGUACUGGACCGUCCUGUGUGGGGUGACCAUCCUCUUCGGCUUCUGUGCCUAUUUCGUCAUGAGUUUUGCCUCCCAGAGUUACUUGUUCUACAAAAUCUCCCCCCAGAACUUCCCGUUUCUGUAUGCUGACCGCAACGUACUGUCCCACCCCUCCAUCCUGCUGGUGGUCCUGUUGAACGUGUCUCUGAACACCUUGCCCGCGCUGGCCGUCCGCAUCGUCCACCGAUCCCUCAAGAAGCCACGCCCCAAGGAGGAAGAGGAGGCCCCGGGUGAGGAAGUGGCGGCGGAGCCCGUGCCUCACUUCCACCGGGAGUCGCGCCGCCGGCGCUCCAGCUACGCCUUCUCCCACCACGAGGGCUACGCGCACCUCAUCACUCAGGGCACCAUCCUGCGAAAGUCCCCGGAGACCAGUGAUGACGACGGGGUGUCUGAUGCCCCAGUCCCGUCUGAGGAAGAGCUCCCCUCCAGCCGGAAGGCCUCACUCUGGCACCCCAGGAGCCUGUCGCUGGGGGGGAAGAAGAGGCGCCAGCACCGGGCCAAGGGGUCCUCUGAGGAGGCGCAGCCCCCCGCCACGGGGGGCUCCGUCAUGUCUGAGCACGGGCCAUCCACUCCUUAUUUAAAAAACCAAACCGCAGUCACCAAUAAGUUGCCCACCAGCUUGAGUAGUCUAUAUGAGUCUUUCCAGGAGGAGUCAUCCGUGACACUGGAGAGGCCACCCUCGUCUGAACAGAGGCCACCUUCUCCUGAGAGGCUGCUGUCCACCAAGGAGAGGUCCCCUUCUCUCCACAUCGUCUUCCGAGAGCCAUCCAUAACUCUUGGGAACCGGCCCUGGUCUUCUGAGCUGCCGCAGUCCUCAGAGGAAAAGCUGUCAUGCUGGAGGGCCUCAGCACUGUUCUGGAAGAGCGGGCCAUACAUCUGGGAGAAGCAGCCCCACCCCUCCAAGGAGGGGACCGUACCACUUCCCAGCAAGCCUCACACGUCCGUGGUGGAGACCGCGCUGCCAAGUACAGCAGACCCAUCCCUGAACCAGCAGCCGGUGGCGGUGGAGCCCUGGCCUGCAGAGAGGCAGCCGUCGCCCGUGGAGUGGCUGCCAGCGCCCACCCAGGACCAAUCGUUACCUUCCUCCAAAGGCCAGAGCUCCACAUCCUUUCCUUUUCCUAAUAAACCAGGGUCCGUCUGACCCCAGGGCUUCUCUA